ACGAGCAAGCCUGUGUACUCUUCUUCAUCUCCUACGAGUUUUCCCAUCAUUUAAGACGCCAUCUCAUCUCAUCUCAUCUCCGUCUGGAUAACUACUCACCAACCCAUCCAGAAGGAGGAAAAGUUCUCCCUGUUAUCGUCCCACAGACGGAAAAACCAGGAAAUCUAUUCCUGGAAACUAUAGGUGUAACCGAAAACUAUUUGAUUUCUUUCCACACUACGGAAACUACUACUUCCUAAAUAAACACAAAUCCACCACCAAAAAUAACUCAAAUCCAGUCCGUCUACGAGUCUCAAAAAGUCUCAACUAAUUUCCCGCAGAGAAAACCAACCACCAAAAGAGAGAAAGUUAAGAGAGAAAGGUGUGUCAAAUCUGUACUAACCAGAAUCCCCGCAGUGCAACGUCUUACCCCCCAUGAGACAAAAAGUUGUGAAGGAAAGAAAAUAAAUAAUUUUGACUCGGAGAAAGUUGAGGAAAAGAAGUUUCGUUUUUCCCCAAAAAACGAAAACGUGCAGACGAAAAAUAAUUUAAUAUAAGUAAUUUAAAUGACUACUUCCCUGCCCUCCUUCUGUUCAUUGAGGGUCAAGAGAAGUGACGUCAAUGUGACUGGGUUAGCGUUUUCGUGGUGAAAGUGUGUACGCAAAAACGGUAACUAAUUUACGUAUGCACAUAUAAAUAAAUAGUGAAGAGGACUUGCUUCCGUAUAAAAUUUGCGGUUUUUCUCUCUCUUCAGAGUAGUAAAUAGAGAAAUAAAUAAAGCGGAAAUAGUGGGGAAAACGAGACAAAUUGUUAAUCAAGUAAAUUUACCGUCAUCAUGGGAAAGUACAACACGGGAGAAAGUUUGUCCUUCUGUAACUUUCUCCCAUCUCGACGAAACGCCACCUGCAUCACGGCUGUCCUCUUCCUCUGCUGUUUCUGCUCCUACUCGGCGGUGGCCACGAUGAUGCGGGAUUUGCAGAUUUUAGACGAACUUCUCAAGAAAGGGUAUGAUCGGAGAGCCACACCCACCAAUCAUCUCAACAACAGUGUCCCAACGAAGGUGGACUGUGAACUGUUUGUCCGAAGCUUUGGGUCGCCAAACCCACUUACCAUGGAUUACAAAGUGGAUUUGUACCUCCGACAAAAGUGGAGAGAUGAACGGCUGAAGCAUCCCGAUCUUAAGAAACCGCUCGAUCUGAACGAUCCCAACUUGGUGAAAGCGAUUUGGAAGCCGGAAGUGUAUUUUCCCAACGGUAAAGAAGCCGACUUUCAGUUCGUCACUGUUCCAAAUGUCCUCGUCAGAAUUCAUCCGGACGGAGAUAUUCUUUACAUGUUGCGCCUGAAAAUAACGUUUUCUUGUAUGAUGGACUUAUCCAAAUUCCCUCUGGAUCGUCAAGUAUGCACGAUGGAGGUGGCCAGCUUCUCGAAAACCGUGGAGGAAUUAAUCCUCGAGUGGAAGAAGAAGGACCCCGUGACGACGAGGAAUUUCGGCAUGUCACAAUUCGAAUUGGUCAAAAUUGCGGCCGAAAAGUGUAAAGAGGAUUUUCAAAUUGGUAACUAUUCCUGUCUUGUGGCGGAGUUUCACCUUUCUAGAUCGCUCGGCUUUCACCUGGUGCAGUCCUACUUGCCCACGAUUCUGAUGGUGGUGAUCUCUUGGGUGUCAUUCUGGAUGGAUGUCAACUCUGUCCCAGGUCGUGUCACGUUGGGCAUCACCACGCUCCUCACCGUCUCCUCCAAGGCGACGAAUAUUCAAGAAAAUUUGCCACAAGCUUCGUACGUCAAGGCGAUCGAUAUUUGGAUGGGUACUUGUACGGCCUUCGUAUUCUUGGCACUCUUGGAAUUCACUGUGGUCAAUUAUUUAUGGAGAAAGGACUGUUGCAAAAACUUUCGCAAAAACUUUCGCAGCGAGUUGAGACACUACACGUCAACGGAAAACUUCUCAAACAACACGUCAAAUCUAAUACACAAGGUAAAAGAUCGCCGGGAUGACGGCAUGGUUGUCAAGAAUCAUUUGGAAGCAAGGUUCGUUCAAGGGACGGCACAACACCAUCUGACCCCACACCUAGGUUCGGACCAUCCCAUCAUGCCCGUCGAAGGGAUCAACAUUGUGGAGCCUUUAUCCUCCAGAAAUUCUUUCAGUUUUCAAGCCAGAGCGAGACACAUUGAUGAGACCUGUCGAUUCGCAUUUCCUUGCGCGUUCUUAAUCUUCAACUUUAUUUACUGGCCGUACUACUUGUUGACGUAGCCGAAUACUGGGAGAGAUUUUUUGGAAAAAAAUUAUGAAAACGAAAAAAAUUGGAACACAAUUUGUGAUAAGACAUUAAAUCGUGUUAAGUAAUCGUAUAUUAUGAAAUGUAUUUAAUGACCAAGUUGGAAUUGAGGAGGAAUGUUUGUAAAAUCCGUGAAAACUUGAUAAGUUUAGAAAUAUUGGAAGGAAAAUGAGGUUGGAAAUGUUUGUAUUGAAGAUUUAGAGAGAUUGAAGGCGUCUCGUUAUUUUAUAAACUGUGUAAAAAAGGUUUCUAAAAAUCUGAGUGAAUUGGCUCACUGUGUGAUAUUUGUACUUAGGAUAUGGAUGAUGCCAUGUAUUCGAAACGAGCUAUAAGAGGGCUUUACUUACUCAACGGAGGAAACUUAUAAAGUUAAAUUGAUUAUUUGUAAGGUUUAAUUCCGAUGGUGUUUUUUUUAAAUAAAUUUACAUAGUUAUUGAACUACAUAAUAGAUAAACUUCUCGGUAGAGUCGUCACUGGUUGGAAGUAAGUUAAUUAUUUAUUUAUAUUUGUACAGAUUUUGUUGCUUGAUAAAUAUAUUUUUAAAAAUAGUACCCUGAUUAAGUAAAAUUGUUGAUAUCUAAGGUCCUCGUUUCACUAGAUUAAUUUCGUAAUAUAAUUAAUGGUGACAAAGUCAUGUUGGAAAGUUAAAUAUACAGAUAUUUACGUAAAUAAUUACAUAAUUAAAUAUACACAAGGAACCUAAAAUUUAUAAAUUUACUUUAUUUUUCCUUGGGAGCAGUUGCCAAGAUCUCCCCUACGAAUAGUAUGUUUUUUAACUCAUUGUUUAUGGAUUUUAAAUCUUCGACGUCAAUGUUUCGCAUUUUUUCAAAUUUAUUAUUUCUUAUUAAGGUACCACAAGAGGUUGAAUAUUUCAGUUUUUUAUGGACUUAGCAACAUGAUUUUUUAGAGAACAUGAGUCAAGACAUGAAGUACAGCUCCGCAUAGAAACAAGGGCAUUGGGGUAUUUUUAAGAGCUCCCCGAGAUGGAGGGGGAGGACUUUGAGGUCAUAAUGGUUGUUAUUUGGAGUCACUAUAUAUUUCCGCAGGGUGUAUAAUCGGUUUGUGGGCUCAUUUGUGUCAGGUAAUGAGAUGUGAACCAUUUUUGACCUCAGAAACAUAAAAUAAUAUGGAGGGGCAAGUAUAGAAAUGCUAUUUCGAAAAGUAUGGAAGACAAUAUGGAAAUGAGACCCAUUAUGCUCCCCAUGUAAAACUAUUUCGCACGAUGUGGGAGUCGUUCCACAUUUGUGCUCCGUAUGGUUUGGACGCUAGGACGUUUUAAAAAAAAUUCAUCAUGUUCGACUAUUUUGGCUAUAAAUACGUAAGUAUAAGUAACAGCAAAAGGGGACAUUUACCAAAAUUUAGAGUAGUAUAUUUUUUACAAAAUUUGUAUUUGAACCAAAUUUCUACCUACUAUAAUUUCUGAGAAAAUUACAAUCAAAGUGAGUGGUAUAAUUCCUUGCCAACUCUCUUGUGGUACCUUAAAUAUUGACCGAAAUAAUUUUUAAGGUGUAUAUAUUCAUAUAAAAAUGUUACAAUUUCCAGAAUUUUUGGGCAAAUUUAUUGACUUUGAUUUGAUUCGAUUUAUUACCCUUGUGGCUGAUAGGAUACAGCAAUGAAUGUUCUUUACAUGACAAUUUUUAUAUACAGUUUGGGCCACUUUCUAAUUAAAUGUGGAACAGCAAAAUAUACAAUUUUUGGUGCUCUUUGUAUUUGUAAUUAAUAUAAAGUUACUAGUUUUAAGUAGUGUAUUGUUUAUGUUUACACUCAAAAUAAGUUGGUAAAAAAAUUGUCACUCGAUCCAACAAUACAUAAUUUCGGCCAGAUUCAAAAUUGCUACAACGCUUUAAUCAAUUUCUAACCGGAAGGUGUCAAAUUUGAAUUUCGCAGAAAGUUUCGGUAGUGUCCGGAGGCAAAUGUUUACCAGCGUGGUAGAGCUUUAAAGUGACUAUUCAUGUACAUGCGGUGACGAUUUUGUUACCAUCUUGUUUUUAGUGUAUUUUAAAUCAUGCCCAUUAUCAAAGAGCAUGCAUAAAUACAGCCUAUGAACGAUGUACAUCUGUUAAUGGUAAAUUUCGUAAAUGCUCAUCAUACUUAAUUGCUACGAGAAAAUGUGUCUUACAAAAAUGUGAAUGACUGGAUGAUUAUUUUUGACCAAUAAAUACUAAAUCUUACUUAUUA